UGCGUUUUUCACUUACAUUCAAUCUCAGAGAGUGGGUAACCAGGCAUCUUCAGAAUCUGAGCUUGAGCCAUUCGUUUUAACGCAGUGAAAUACUCUCGGAAAUAAUGGGUAAAAAUCUCCUUGUUCUUUGGGGAGCUUUGAGUGUAUUAUGGAUUUAUGUUUAAGUGAGACAGAAUGUGCAAUGCACAUAAUAAAAGGAACGCGGAGUUAUUUAUCAUAAAAAGUCGCCGUGGAAAUGCCAUUUCAUUUAGCGCAUUUAACUCGUGUCUUGAAAGAGGACUCUUGCACACAUUUUUGGAUUUGUGUCCAUGACAACGCGGGAUCAAAUUGAGCUUAACUAAAGGAGCUGGACUAGAGUGAAGACAAGCACAGACUCCACUCUGCAUUGGAGAACCACUACCCAGACUCCAUUCUGUAGUGGGCUACACUACCCAGACUCCAUUCUGUAGUGGGCUACACUACCCAGACUCCAUUCUGUAGUGGGCUACACUACCCAGACUCCAUUCUGUAGUGGGCUACACUACCCAGACUCCAUUCUGUAGUGGGCUACACUACCCACUGUGAGUGGACAGUCUAGGCGGCUACUCCAUGCAGCGUGAGUGGACAGUCUAGGCGGCUACUCCAUGCAGCGUGAGUGGACAGUCUAGGCGGCUACUCCAUGCAGCGUGAGUGGACAGUCUAGGCAACUACUCCAUGCAGCGUGAGUGGACAGUCUAGGCGGCUACUCCAUGCACCGUGAGUGGACAGUCUAGGCAACUACUCCAUGCACCGUGAGUGGACAGUCUAGGCGACUACUCCAUGCACCGUGAGUGGACAGUCUAGGCGGCUACUCCAUGCACCGUGAGUGGACAGUCUAGGCAACUACUCCAUGCAGCGUGAGCUCCAUGCACUUAGGAAGAACCUAGACUCAGGAGGAUGUCGACAGAGGCAGAAACGCAAGCAAGCAUCAAAGCCAGUGUGAAACAGGAGUCCAGGAGAAGAGGUCAGCGUUGUGGUGAGCAGGCUCUGAUUAAGCGGUUCAGGGGAGAUGGCGUCCAGUACAAGGCCAAGCUAAUUGGGAUUGAGGCCGUGUCUGCAGCACGUGGAGACAAACUCUGCCAGGACUCUAUGGUGAAGCUGAAGGGCAUUGCCGCAUCAGCGCGGUCUCGAGGUCAACACAAGCAGCGUGUGUUCCUGACCGUCUCCUUCUGUGGAAUUCAGAUCUACGAUGAGAGAUCUGGGGUAUUACAACACCACCAUUCUGUCCAUGAAAUCUCGUACAUUGCCAGAGACACGCGAGACCACCGAGCCUUUGGAUAUGUCUGUGGGAAAGAGGGAAAUCACAAGUUUGUAGCCAUCAAGACAAUUCACUCGGCGGAACCCCUGAUCUUGGAGUUGCGUGACCUCUUUACACUCAUCUAUGACAUCAAACACCGAGAGGAGGAGGAGGAGAAGAAAGCUCAGAAAGAAAGGCAUUGUGAGCAGGCUGUCUACCAGACGAUUCUUGAGGAUGACACUGAUGACCCAGUGUACCAGUACAUUGUGUUUGAAGCUGGACACGAGGCUCUCUGUGGUCCAGUAUCAGAGGAGAGUGUUUACCAGGUCCCAUCCAGUCAGCAGAAAGAAGGAAUCUAUGAUGUUCCAAAAUGCCAUUUUAUGACAAACAUCAGUCAGUUGGACCUGUUUGGAGAUAUGGCUACUCCUCCGGACAUCCUCUCAAUGCCGGCAUCCCCUGCUAAUACAGUGGAUUCCUGUUGCCGGCGGCGACAGCACCAACCACAGCUGCUCACUCAUUUCAGUCCCCCUGCUGUGCCUUCAGGUUACAUGACAAUGGGGGCAGUACCACUGGCUCACUGGGCCCAGCAGUCAUUUGGAACUCCAGCUGCUCCUCUAGCAUUUGGGGUUCAGGCUCCUCUGCAGGUGUCCCAGGUGCUUCCCAGGGGCCAGCAGAUGAUCUGGGGGCAGGCCAAUCUCUUCCCUUCCCCUGUGACAGGCUCGCAGCAGUGGGCCUUAGUUCCAGCUCAGACGGUCGGCAUGGCGCGGCAUCCCCUCCCAGCUGCCGCCAUGCUCCAGGGCUUGGUUCCCAUAGCAACCAUGCGACAGCACCAGCCUUCUGCCCCAUCCUCAGCCGUUACCAGCCCACAGCAUGUGGCUGACUUUGUCCCGCAAAAAUCAGAUCCCUCCGUGACCACAACAAAUUCCACCAUCCACACAGUGGAUUCUGCCCUGCACAGGGCUGACAGCACUAUCCACACUGAGGAGAUGUCAGAUUCACAUGCGCAGCAAACAUCGACUCAUCACACACAGGCACUAUUAGGAGCAGCCAUACAGCAUUGUGGGAAGCAGGAGGAGAAAGUCUGCUGUGGCGAGCUCGACCUCUCCCAGCUAAGCUUGACCCUGGGGUCAUAUAUAUCACCAUCUUCUACAGAGUCUCGAACAGAAGCUGGCCCUGACCAUCUUGUAGCAUCUUUUCCCAUGCGCGCUGGCAAGAGUGGCAGUCAUGUUGGGAAAGAUGAACGGGCGAUGGAUACCCCAGCUCUUGUGGCUAUAGUGGCCUGCAGUGAGCUGGAGAGCCAAGAGCCGCAGCUCCCCCCUCUGGACCCCGUGGAUUGUUCCCUGUCAGUGUGGUCAUCAUGGACACGCUGCGACCCCUGCCUCAAAAAGAGGUUUCGCUAUGCUAGGCUGCUCCAGCCAUCCCAGUUUGGAGGGGAGCCAUGUCAUGAACUGGGGCGGGAGGAGGAGUCAUGUGCUCCACCCUCUCGCUACUCAUGCCGGACGCCCACCCCUCUCUGUCAGGGCUUUCAGUGUACCAGCACAGGUCGCUGUAUAUUAGAGGGACUGCGCUGUAAUGGUGAUGAUGACUGUGGUGAUGGCUCUGAUGAGCAGGCCUGUAAAAAGGUGUUCAAAGCCUGCACCCAACCAACCGAAGAAUACUACGGCAUUGAGAACCUUGCCAAAGGGAUCAAUGUCCUGAGCAGUAACUUGGAGGGGGUGGUGCUAGAUAACCGCUACUACGCUGGUGGCUGUUUGCCUCACUUCAUCCAGGACAUUCGCUUCAGGAAACCCUACAAUCUCCAGCAAUACACACUGGAGACAAAAGGCUCAUAUGAUUUUAAGCUUGAAGCUUAUGACUCGUAUAAGGAGUAUUCUGAACACACAAUGAGGGCCUCUCUCUCGAAGACUACUGUCUCCUUCGGCAUUGCGGUGCCUGGCGUGUUUGAACUCGGAUACAACUACAACGACAGCAAGUACAGGAAGUCUGAGAAGAAGCUUCGGCGUUAUUCCGGCAUGAAAAGUCAGUUCAUCCAUGCACACUCCCAGCUUGAGCUGGUGCACUACGCUUUAAAGACAGAGAACCUGAUGCUAUACACGGACUUCUUGUCCCGGCUGCGUGCUCUGCCGCUGGAGUACGCAUACGGCGAGUACCGGCAGCUCUACAGUGAUUAUGGCACCCAUUACAUCACAGAGGCUACGCUCGGGGGCGACUUUGUCUACACCUUAGUACUCAAUAAGGACCGUCUAGAGCAAUCUGGCUACAGUCUAAACGAUGCUAAGACGUGUGUGCAGAUGGCUCUUAAGGUUGGCGCUAACAUUAAGGGCGUGUACGUGUCAGCAGGGGUGUCGGGAGGACGCUGCUCCGGCCUACUCAAAGAGUUCGGAGACUCAGAGACACACUCAUCCUUUGUGGAGGAUUAUGUGGCUGUGGUACGAGGAGGUGACAGUGAGACAGUUGCUCGUCUUGCUGCAAAGCAGCUUCCCACCCCAGACCUCAUGCAGCUGUGGGGCGAUGCCGUCCACUAUAACCCCGACAUCAUCCACAGCAAGAUGGUGCCGCUGUAUGAGCUGGUGACCACAUGGGACUUCACUAGUGCAAACACCCUGAAGAAGAACCUGAGGCGGGCACUGGCAGAGUACCUGAGUGAGAGCAGCUCCUGCCGCUGCUCGCCCUGCCUCAACAACGGAAUAGCUGUCCUCAAAGGUACAAGGUGUGAGUGUAUUUGUCCUGCAGGCACCAGGGGGCUAAGCUGUGAAACAACUCUGAGGUCAGGAAAAACAGUGGAUGGGAACUGGAGCUGCUGGUCUGAAUGGUCUGCCUGUAGUGGUCAGACCAAAAGACGGACACGGCACUGCACCAAUCCAGUGCCACAGAAUGGAGGAGUGGCCUGCCCUGGACCACUCGAAGAGUCAACAGACUGUUAA